GGCAGAGCAUUGCCAUUGACCAACACAACCAUGCCUCCCACCAUCAACCCAUUUCCGGUGCUACGAACCGUCGCCUUGCGACCGCGACCAAUCGUGAUUCAACGCAGCGAUGUCGUGAAAGGCGCCGUUGGGCGCCGCACAUUCGCGGAGAAGAGCAAAGAUGUACCAGAAGCAGAGCAGGGAGCAGUGGGGCCAAACAUGCAGCAGGCAGAGCACGUCAGCGAGGAGGCAGCGAAGAUGGCCAAGAUCCAGGGCGGUGAAGGACCAGAUAUUGAGGGACAAGGGACACCCGUGCAAGAUAUCUUGAAGGAUGAGAAAGAGACCAGGAAGAAUGCACCACAAGUCCUCAAGGAGGACGUCAAAGCAGGCAACACUACCAAACCUCAGACCAGGCAAUUCUCGACGUAUGCGCGGAGACGGCUGGAAAUGCAGUCGACCUCUUACGCACCGCCUGAGAUGGAACAGUCAUUCGCAGCGGCAUCCUACGCGCCCUCUCAGACUGCUGCCGAUCACACCGCCACGACGCAGUCCGUUGCUGACGUCGAACCAAAAGGCCACAAGUUCCCGCUGCCACCCAUCCCACUUCCGCGAGAACUGGUCAAAGAUCACAGGUACGACCCAGUCGUCAAUCAAGUGACCAACCUGCUCAUGAAAGACGGCAAAAAGUCUGUAGCCCAGCGCAACAUGUCCGUCAUUCUCAACAUCCUCCGCACGGCACCUGCACCUACCUACAAUGCCAACCGACCUUUACUACCAGGCGCGCCGCCCGCAUCGCAUCUCCCACUGAACCCCGUACUUUACCUCACGCUUGCCGUCGAUAGCGUUGCGCCUCUUCUGCGAAUUCGAUCGCAAAGAGGUGCAGCUGGAGGUGGUGUUGCGUUACAGAUCCCUGUUCCACUUGGCAUUAGGCAAAGGAGAAGAACAGCGUUCAUGUGGAUACUAGAUGCGGCAGUGAAGAGGAAGAGUAAAGGUUCAGGCAAUGACAUGUUUGCGACAAAAGUAGCUGAUGAGAUCAUUGCUAUUGUGGAAGGGAGGAGUUCUGUGUGGGAAAAGAGGACGGCGGUACACAAGCUGGCGACAACUGCAAGAGCAAACUUGAACUACAGUAUGCGCGGUAGACGUUAAGCGCGCAGGAGGGAGACCAGAGUAAUGUAACAAUGUAUUCAACUCGCCUAGAGCACUCAGCCCGGCCGGAUAAAUCCACAGGAGUGACCAACUGACCAG